AUGAUCGAAUCGACGAGCGCUGAAAACAAUCGGUUAGAAGACGUCAUGAUCCCGACAACGAAGCGAUGUAUACCGUUGCCUUAUUUCAAGGGAAACGCGGAUAAGUUGCUCUUCUGUCAGCGGACAGGCGAUGAUGGGCCUUCUAUCUAUGCUAUCGCAGUUGAUCGCGAAGUAGUUGUCCUGCUAGGUACUGGUAAAACAAUUUUACGGCAAGAUGUGCCCUUUGAUAUUCGGCAGUUGCUCUGGAUUGUAUUUCCGCCUUCAAAGAGUGAAAUAGAGACUGCUGUUACUCAGGAAUUUUUUUGCAUCGUUGGCUUACGUGAUUUGAUGUUCAUUGCCAUUAAUGAUUCCCAUCCACUAGGAUUCCGUGUGCAGUUCGAUAUUCACGCUGUAUACGCCACUAAGUUCGGACUACUCGUAGAACGCGAUCUGACCUCGUUCGGUGCCUCAGCAGAGGAUCAAGUCGCCCUCUAUUCCCUUUCUCAUCCCUUGAAUGAGUUGCUAGCAGUUAUAUUCAAACCUCGAGAUUCCCUGACACAGUGGUUGUUUUGUUGGGAAAAGUCCGAGUAUCGCAUUAUAGGAGCUGAAGAUGACUUUUUGUUGGUAUUCGAUAGGAUAAGCGAGGUACACAGCUUGUUGCGCAUUCGUAUCACCUCUGAACAUGAAGUGCAGUCAGCCAUUGAACUCCUGGAAAAACGUCGAACUGAAAUGUUCCUUUCACAUAAUGUUCUCUCACAAGAGUUCGUCAACUUUUUCGUUGGAACUAUUAACCAAUUGCGAUCAAUUCGAGCCGUCCAUACUGUAGCUGUUGCUAUUAGGAUGAUACGAGUCUACCCAGUUUUCACUAUUACUGGAUGUGCAUGGUGCAUCCUUCGGGGCGGUGAUCUUACUGUCGUACUGGAAAUGGACAAUUCAUUUGGACUUUACUCUGGACACUUCACUAUCACUCCAUCGAUGAUACUUCACUCGGCCGACAAUUCGUCAUUUGUAGUACAACACGAAAACAAGCUGACAAAGGCGACGGAACUGACGAGGGUCAUACUACCAUCGGCAUUUAUAAACUAUCUGGCUCGAGACCUAUUUGCGGCUGUGGUGGAUGUGCUGCCCCGUGAAAAAGCUUUACGCUUAAUGCUGGAUUGGAAAACGAACAACCGUAAUUACGAAAAUGAACUUGAAAUGUCAGUAGAGGAACCUCAACUUCACACGGCCGUACGAUUCAUUCUGGAACAGGCUGGAAUCAUAAUAGAGGAACAUAAGAGGCUUCCAUGGCGAAAGAAAACCACCAUGAACGAAAUUUGUGAAACGGAUGCGAAACAACGACGGCCAAAGGCUUCAGCUGAAGAGGUGGGUGUUCUUGAGUUAUGUGAAGUAAGAGCUGACGAGAGUGGGAUUCGAACCCACGCCCCCGAAGGGACUGGUGCCUUAAACCAGCGCCUUAGACCGCUCGGCCAUCUCGCCACGGGUGUGACAAAAUUCUGUUGCAAAACAGCUGACGAGAGUGGGAUUCGAACCCACGCCCCCGAAGGGACUGGUGCCUUAAACCAGCGCCUUGGACCGCUCGGCCAUCUCGCCAUGGAAACGAGUGCAACAUUUGUCUUUGAUCAGCGUUUAAAAUUUAUUUCUGCGAAGAACAGUCAUGCCAACUUUCCGUUUCUUUUCCAGAAUUUCAAUCGAAUAUUGAAAUUUCGUGAAGCAAUCACUGGUGGGCAAGCGAAAAUUGGUGUGAAAUCUGAGAAGACGCCAGUCAAUGUUGUGGUCAAAAUUGAUUCAACGGCUCCACUACAUGGGAAUGUAUAUGCUGUGAUCGGUGCCAUUCAUGCCUCAUUCGAAGAAUGGUCUUUGGAUUGUGGAUUAUUCCAUCUGAAAUCUCAGAUCGUGUACUACCUUCACGCUGCUGCAAGUGUUCUUGGCCUAGAGGCAUAUUCGUCUCACUAUAAGGCAGAAUUCAAUGACUGCUCAGAUUGCAUUUACGAAGUUCAGCGAAAUGAUGGUUUGGCAGUGGACGAAUUUCCAUCACCAUAUGGUCAUAUGGCUCGCAAUUUCUCAGUGGAUCAUCCGUUUUCGUUGUGGAAAUCGGUCGCUGAUUUACUUCAGCUUCAUUUGACACAUUCUCUCGCCGGCAGUACAAGCAAGGUGGCAAGAUUGCUGACAGUACUUGGAGUUGGGUUGGGAACUGGUAGGCUGGCACUCAUGACUGAUGUCCAUCGUUUGUUGGGAAGAAAUUGGGAACGUCGCCUUCGUCUACGACCUGAUCAAGUGGACAAAGUAGCCGAAAUAAUGUUCAGCAAGACAAGAACUCCUGCGCAGAAAAGUUUCCCGCAACCUGAAGAAAUGGCUCAAAUUGCUCGAAUACGCUGGCCAAGAGACGUUCGACGUGACAAUGUUAGGGCGAUGCUGGACAGUACUAAGCCAGUACUUAUUGCCACUCAACAUUUAGAUGCUGGUACGGAUGGUGAAAUACGUGAAGCCCAAGAACAGUUCCUGAACGCUACCUGGAUUCGUUAUCUCGCACAGGCUUUCGGUAGAGCAUUUUUUACAUUUCGUACUGUUCUACCGAAUCCUGCAGAAUCCCUCUUCGUACCCGAACUGUGCCUUUCGGCUCGUAUCUAUCCAUCAAAUUUGACUUAUGAUCUUACUUUAACUGAGCCUCUGAGACAACUACGAGAAUGGGGUGAGUUUUACAAUGGUGUAGCCGCAGGUCUCUCCGUUGUUGGCGCGGAUGUGGCACACGUUGAUCAUGAAUGGCUUACUUUAUGUCAUACAAGCGACAAGAUUUCACCUCCUACUGCUUCGGGAUUACUGUAUGCGCUAGGUCUGAACGGUCACUUACCGAAUUUCAAUACGUUCUAUGUACAUGAAGUGUUAGCGACCCUGGAUAAGUUCUCAUCCAUAGCUCUACUACUCGGAAUGGCAAUGUCAAAGAUCGGUACGGCUGAUCGACAGGUACGCCAUUUCCUCGUACAGUGUUGA